CAAACACUGUUCUGUCAGUGGGAGAAUGGCUCUAUCCAUGUGGAACUGGGGAUGAGCACAUCUCAAUUAGAGGGAGGGAAAGUAAGGGGGGACCCGGAUAAGAACCUAAUGGUUUGGAUAAUACUGUGUGAAGUACAUAUAGGUGAACAUGUGGUGGGCUGCUUAUUCCCAAAUCGCAGCGAUUCUGCCUCCAGCUCCCCCGGCCUGUAAUUUGGGCGUGUACCGGCCAUGAAGGAAGGAAAAUCCCUCUCUUGAAACUGAGAGAGGCGGUCUAGAUGUGCAGUCAGGACACUCAUCAUCAUCAUCAUCAUCCUCCUCAGUCAGCAGACAGCAUCUCUCCGCUCUGUCUGUCCCUCCCUCAGACACCCCCACAAUCCCCCCCCUCUCUCUCUCUCUCUCUCUCCGUCUCUCUAAAGUCGAACAUCUCGCCUGCUCUCUCUCUCUCUCUCUCUCUCUUCUUGACACACGGCAAACAUGUCCGCAAACGGCGCCGCGGGGGACCUCCUGCAGAUCCCCCUGGGGCUCAUCAACGGCGAGGGGAAAUACCUGACGGCGGAGACCUUCGGCUUCAAAAUCAACGCCUCGGCCGGCAGCCUGAAGAAGAAGCAGACGUGGACCCUGGAGCAGACCGGGGAGGACGGCAGCGCCGUGUUCCUCCGCUCCCACCUGGGCCGCUACCUCGCCGCGGACAAAGACGGCAACGUGACCGCGGACAGCGAGGCGCGCGGCGGCAGGGACUGCCGCUUCGUGGUGACCGCGCACGAGGACGGGCGGUGGUCGCUGCAGUCCGAGCCCCACGGCCGCUACCUGUGCGGCAGCGAGGACCGGAUCACCUGCUUCGCGCAGGCCGCCGCGCCGGAGGCGAGGUGGAGCGUGCACCUGGCCGUGCACCCGCAGGUCAACCUGUACAGCUUGGCGCGAAAGCGCUACGCGCACCUGAGCGAGCGCGAGGUGUCGAUCGACCGGGACGUCCCCUGGGGGGUGGACUCGCUGGUCACGCUGGUCUACCGUGACCAGCGCUACCACCUGGGGACCUGCGACAACCGCUUCCUGCGCAACGACGGCGGCCUGGCCACGGGCACGGACGCGCGCACGGGAUACGUGCUGGAAUUCCGCUCGGGGAAGGUGGCGUUCCGCGACUGCGACGGCCGCUACCUGGCGCCCUCGGGCCCGACCGGCACCAUGAAGUCCGGGAAGAGCACGCGCGCCGGGAAGGACGAACUGUUUGGCCUCGAGCGCAGCCACGCGCAAGUCGUGCUGACCGCGCGCAACGAGCGAAACGUGUCCACGAGGCAAGGCAUCGACCUGUCGGCCAAUCAGGACGAGGAGGGCGACCAGGAGGUCUUCCAGUUGGAGAUGAGCCGCGAGGACAGGAAGUGUGCCUUCAGAACCGCUGCUGGGAAAUACUGGACUCUGACGGCGAGCGGGGGACUGCAGUGCACCGCCUCCACCAAGUCGGCUGAGAGCUACUUUGAGCUGGAGUGGAGUGACGGUCGUGUGUGUGUGCGCGCCGCCAACAACAAGUACGUGAUCGCUAAGAGGAACGGACAGCUGGCUGCCUCCGUGGACGCCGCAGGGGAGGCGGAGCAGUUCCUGAUGAAGCUCAUCAACCGCCCCAUCAUCGUCCUGCGCGGCGAGCACGGCUUCAUCGGCGCUCGCAAGGCCGGAGCGGCGACUCUGGACUCCAACCGAGCGUCGUACGACGUUUUCCAGCUGGAGUUCCAAAACGGGGCUUACGCCCUUAAAGACUCGCAGGGGAAGUACUGGUGCGUUGGGGACGACGCGGCGGUGGGGUGCGGCAGCGACGCCCCCGUCCAGUUCCUCUUCGAGUUCUGCGACCUCAACAAGAUGGCCAUCCGCGCCCCGGGCGGGAAGUACCUCAAAGGGGACCACGCGGGGGGGCUGAAGGCCGGCGCCGACUCGCUGGACGGCGCCACCCGCUGGGAGUACUGAGGAGAGGCGCACAGGCGGACUUCCCUGCGCCACCCGACCCUUCAAACUAUUGGUAGAUGCUACUAUAAAGCACAACACGCAUCAAAAUAGUGAAUGUUGGAUUGACUUGUUUCUGCCGUAAAUAAAGGCUGUCUAUGUAGCCGAAUGCUUCAAAAAACGUAGUAACCAUGGAAACCUUGAGUGCAAAAGUGUGUGUGUUGAGGGCGUAAAGAGAUGAAAUGUGAUGGGUGUGGCCUAUCCAACCACCUUAACGUUUCCUUUGUACUGACCUGAUCCAGCCACAGGAAGUAGUCUAAGGGGUUUCCUUUUUUAAGGACUGUAAUCCACUCCUGACUUGGUGUAAUGUUUUUUUUUUGUUCUGCACAAUAACGUCCCAAUUGCGAUCCGUCCAAAGCACAUGUUUGUCUUCGGUUGGGUGCUGCUGUUUGAGAGCGUCUCUCUGUAAUCGUGGCCUUGCCUUCGGCCUUUUUCAUCUUCUUACAUUUGAAAUCAACACAAUAAAGUUUUUCCUCUUAACAGCAGA